UAAAAAAAAGCAAUAAACAAACAUGAGGCCAGCAAGGCUCUACUAGAGUUCAAGCAUCAAACCAAGCACAACAAAACAAGGUAUAAAACUAUAUAACAGUAGCACAGAAAAAAAAAAUCUAUGGACAAGGCCUACCCAGUACCCACCUCACCCUGCCCUGCCAUCCCCCCUUGUGAUGUGUGAAUGUCUCUAUCUUACUUGUGAUAGCCAGUAUCCUCACCUCACCCACAGCCCACCAAUCACAGCACUCCUUUGUAUUCUCUCUCCUACAUGCACUCCCCUCUACAAAACCACAACCAGCAUUUUUUUCUUUUUUCACAAUCCCCUUGACAGCACAGAGGCAACAGCAAAACACACUCUCAUCAGUGUCAGGUCUCCACACCACACCCAAGUACAGGUACACACAAGACAAUCCUCCCACUGAACUGAAUCCCAUCCACUCCUUUAUCAUCAUCACCAUUUCCCUCCUUCCCUUUUCCUCCCCUCAUUUCCAUUUCCAGUUGCAGCAAGAGCUGCCUCCUAGCUCUCUUCCUGCCAUCCAUGGCAAAUGCUUCCCUCCAAUCCUUUCUUCUUCACCACCACCAUUCUUUCCUUAGCAAUGGUAUCCAUGAGGGCUCCUCCCCUUCUAUAAUUCUCAAGCUCACAACAAACAGCAACAGCAGCAUUUCAUUCAAGCUCUUCUCCAACACCACCUCCUCCUCAUCAUCAUCAGUGACCACCACAGCAUCAACCCCCAACUCACCGGUGACCCCUGCUCCGGUAACAGCCUCGUCUCCGCCACCGCCUUCGCUGGAGCUCCUGGGCGCCCAGCUCGCCGAGAGGGAUUACCGGCAGGCCGACGAGACCACCCGCGCGCUCCUCAUCGAGCUCGCGGGCGAGCCAGCUCGGCGCCGAGGGUACGUCUUCUUCUCGGAGGUGCAGUUCAUCUCCGCCGAUGACCUCCGGGCCAUCGACGCGCUCUGGCAGGAGCACAGCGGUGGCCGGUUCGGGUACAGCGUGCAGCGGCGGCUGUGGGAGAAGUCGCGGCGCGACUUCACCCGCUUCUUCAUCAGGGUUGGGUGGAUGAAGAAGCUUGACACCGAGGUGGAGCAGUUCAACUACAGGGCCUUCCCUGAUGAGUUCAUCUGGGAGCUGAAUGAUGACACGCCAGAGGGGCAUCUCCCUCUCACCAAUGCCCUCAGAGGGACACAGCUCCUGGGCAACAUCUUCACACAUCCUGCCUUUGAAGAGGAGCAAGAAGAUGAAUUAGCAGCAGAGGAGAAUGACACACCUGAUAACACUGGUCAGAGUAAGGAUGGCAGCAAAGGGAAGGAGAGGCCAAAGUUCAUGAGAGAUUUCUUCAAGCCUGACUACUCCUUUUGAGAUUGGGGGGUAAUUAAAAAGCAUGGGAGUUUGUGAUGCAGAGAUGCUGGUCAUGGUGCAAUUGAUUUAGAAAAAAAAAAAAAGGAAACAUGUAUCCGUAGUUCAUCUGGAUUGUUAUGUCCUGUAAACAUGCGUGGGAAACUGCACAAUAUAUUAUGAAUAUAAUUGUUUGAGA